AUGGUUGGGUCCUGUCGUUCCUGUCAAAGCUGUGGUGAAGACCUUGAGAAUCACUGCUCCAAAAUGAUUCCGACAUACAGUGGCAAGUAUAUUGAUGGCACCAUAACAUACGGAGGCUACUCUGACUUAAUGGUUGUAGAUGAACACUUUGUGAUUCGCAUUCCAGAUAACCUACCUCUUGAUGCUACUGCUCCUCUCCUAUGUGCUGGGAUCACUGUGUAUAGCUCUUUGAGAUAUUACGGACUUGACAAGCCUGGCCUACACAUUGCUGUGGUUGGUUUUGGUGAACUAUGUCACAUGGUUAUCAAUUUUGCCAAAACUCUUGGAGUUAAGGUCACAGUAAUUAGUACAUCUCCCAACAAAAAGAAGGAAGCCAUUGAGAAUAUGGGAGCUGACUCAUUUGUUGUGAGCAGUGAACAAGAUGAGAUGAUGGAUGCAACGGGAACCUUUGAUGGAAUCAUUGACACUGUUGUCCAUCCUCUCGUGCCUUUGUUUGGCCUGUUGAAACCUCAUGGUAAAUUAGUCGUGGUUGGUGCACCGGAGAAGCCUUUGGAGGUUCCUGCAUUUUCUUUACUAGUGGGUAAUGCCAUCAAUUACACACUUCCUAAUUUUGAAUUGCGAUCAUGA